AUGUUAAAAGCUACUAUCGCGCAUACAACAGCCGUUUCUAUUCGUCAAGCGGGAAAUAGCUCGGGCAAAAUCAUCGCAUGGGAAUCAGUGCUCAACGUGUCCUCGGCAAAAUGUUGUUUGCAAAAGUUUUUGGCGAGCAUCGAUGCUCGCCUUCAGCUUCCCCCCCGACGCCUCCACACUGCUCGGAUCGAUGUGAAACUUUGCGAGGACGUAGCUGACGACGCGAGGCUGGAGUACUGGUCACAAAAGUGCGAGUCGUUUCGUGCAGCGUCAGCAGUCCGCAAACAGCCAAUAAUAUCUACGCAGGUGGCGCUGGUAACAUUAAACCUCGAGUCGUACCGGGUUUGGUCAUAUGACCAAAUAUUGUCAAAAAUAUUCGUCGAUCGACCAAAUAUCCCGGCGUGCGCUUUAUACAGUCACGGUUCCUGGUCUGCGCCAAAAAACAGUUUAAGAUCGCGAACCCCCGGCACACACUCACGCGCGCGCGAGCGAGCACAACUCGAAGGAACGCGAAGGACACUCGCGAACCUAUUCCAAACACUCAAUCCUACGUCUGACGACCGUCGUGCAUAA